CUCUAAACCAUCUCUGGCGUAACUCAGAAAUUUCAAAAACCUGGGCUGUCUAGUCUGACGAAGCCGCCAUUUCAAAGCGCAAAGGAGCCACAGAAGCUGUAGGGAAUUUUGUAAUUUAUAUUUUUCAAAUAUAUAUAUUUAUUUUUAGGAAAACUAUAAUACUUCUAUCUCGCUAAUCUACCUCGCCUGCAUCACCAACUGAAAUGGAUGCAGACACAGAAGAAAAGGUGACAAGAACGUCAAAGAUUUCCAAGGAUGAAUCUCAAAAACCCUUAAUAGACAACAAAUCUAGGGGUCGUGGGUUUAAAAGCCGUGGUCGAGGGGGUCGGAUGAGUCGAGGUGGCAUGCGUGGUGGGCGGGGCAUGAUGAAAGGGUUUGGUCCACCUGGAUAUGGGAGGGGUCAAGCGAAAGAUGGAAUCCUGAAUGGAUUUGCGCCCAUGAGAGCAAUGAGGAGGAUGCGACCUUACCCAGACCUAAGAGGUCAUCGAGGUAGGGGUGGACCAAUGGGCAUGGGCCCUCCUCCUCCCCCACCACCUCCCAUGCACCUCAGAGGCCCCUUUCCACCCAUGCCCAGGCACGGCCCCCCUCCACCCCCUCCUCUAGGUCAUCCUGGUUUCAGAGGGUGUCCACCACACCCUCGAGGCCGUGGCAUGCUACCCCCUGGACCUCCACGCCACUUCCACCCCCGCAGUCCAAGAGGCUACCACAAUGGACCAGUCUCUCCUCCGCCUCACCCCCCACCUGGCAGAGGCCAGAGGUGGCCAGGCCCCCCUGGUGGCCGACGCUUUUAACACAGCCUGCCCUAAAAACAAUAACCAAACACUUGUUAAUGUAGAAGGGGCCUAAAGUGGUGGAGUAAAAGAAAAACCCCUUAAUCAUGUGUUACACAAAGUCUCUUAACAUCUUCAUGACAUACUCUGUGGCCAAAUGUCUGCUUAUUGAUAUUGUCUACUGGCAAAGAAGUAAUGUGGAAAUUACUAAUAACAACAUAAAAUGCCUCACAACUUUAACAAUGUAAAGGCAUUCUGUUAUCUAUGUUACAAAAAUACUGUUGGUACUGUAGGAACUAUUUGACAUUGUUGAGAAAAAACUCUUUGAAAUAGCUGUUCUCAAACGGAGGAAAAUUAUUGUCAAAGUUCAUUAAAUGUUCUGUGGUUCUUGUUACAGUCACCCUGUGAGCCUUAGGAAUUGUUUCUGAUCCCUGAUAAAGAAUAAAAAAUGGGUGACACUGUAUAUUUGAAGGUGGGGAAAGAUGGCUGAAAAAUAAUGAAAGAGUGCACAGUAGCUGUUGAGCACCACUGUUCGUUAACUAGCUUAGUACACCUUGGACCUCUCUAACCUUUCCUUUUGUUACAUGGAAAUAGUUAUGUAUUAUAACCAAGCAGUGCAGUAAAUAUUGUUUAACACUUACACAUUUUCAAGUGAAAAGACAAUAUUGUCAAGUAUUGAAGUUUGAGUAUUUAACUUGAUAUUGUUAAUGUGCAACUAUUUUAAGUUACCAGUAUUGCUGUUUGGAACAUUCAUGUUUGUCUUCAGCAAUCUAUCUUGUAAUGACAAAAUGGAGAAGGCAUUAUAAAUGAAUAGUAUAUUGAAAUAUAUAUUUAGUAGAUUUUCUAAAGCAAAUUUCAUUAGUAUUUGCUCCAGUUAAGAACAACUCUUUACUGUGUUUAGUUUUUUUUUAAAGUGUUGUAAAUACUGUAAUUAACCUAACUUUUGUGAACAUGUAAAUGUGUUUGAUGGAAACCGUCAAGACAUAUGACAUAGUCGUGGAUAAAAAAAUAAAAUAAAAAAUAAACUUAACUUCUCUUUUUUUGUGUAUUCACAAACAAGUCUGAGAGUUUCCAACAUAUCUGUAAUAUAUAUGGAAGAGAAUGAAUUGUGUCAAAACUAGUACUGUACACAGUGGCACAGUUACAGUGUUUCAUAUUUGAAAGUGAACAUUUGAUCCAUGUAAAGACCACUGCAAAAAUGCACAUAAUUAUUAUAUAUGUUUUGAAUGAGUCUGAAGGACCAAGAGCCCUUAAUGAACGAAUAUUCAGCUAGCUGACCACUGAAACUUACUGCAGAUAAGAAAAGGCUUGGAAAAGUAAUCCAUGAAUUGCACUUUUAGUAACUUGAAAGAUGAACUUCACUCAAUCCGCUUCACUCAUUACCAUUUAUGGUACCGUGUCAAUUUGACUGGAGGACUAAGAACCGCUCCACUUGAAAAGCAUUUAAAUGCUUUUGACUGAAUGUCAAGUCACAGUUCAAAUUCAGUGGUAGCAUGUCUAAAAGGAGGACAUCAUCUGCAAAGGAUAAACACUCUGAUAUGACCAAUAUUUCAUGUUUUCACACUGCUAUACUAAGAUAUUGUCAGAAAUUUCAAUCUGACUUCAACAAAAGGAAUUUGAAGAAUCUCACUGUUUUAUGUAUGUUUUUCUACUUUUAUAAUUCUUAUAAUUUAAUAUUCUAUAUUAUUUCUCCCAUACUCCUGUACAUUUUUAAACUUAAAUCUAAAAAUAAAAGUUGCUAUGCAUGCAUGUAUGUAUGUAUGUAUGUGCAUAUGAAGUUGCUGUGCCUUUUUAUAGCAAAGAGGAGUAACAGAUUAUCAAAUGAAUGAUUUACUCCAGAAUCUGAUUUACAGACACCAUCUCAUGGGACAUGAAUAAAGUGGACACCAAUUAAAAA